AUGGCGGACGUCGAAGCGAACGUGGAAGAAAUGAUUGCCGAAGAAGAUUCCAAUCCCAUUGCAGGUCUUCAUAAAAUGAAGGUUGCAGAAUUGCGUAAAUUGUUAAAGGACCGUGGUUUGCCUUGCCUUGGGUCCAAACCUGCACUGCUGGCACGGUUGCAAAAAGCUCUGAGUCCUGGGGCAGCUGCUAGUGAGGAAGCAGAGGCAAUUGAAGAGGGAGCUGAGGAGGAAGAUGUCGAGGAAGAUGCAAGUGAUGCUGAAAAUGUUAUCGCAGAACAAGGAAUUAAAGCCCAAGAAGAGGUUGUUCCAGAGAAAACUGACGCUGUAUUAAAAAAAACUGCUCCACCAGAAAAUACUGAAAAUUCUCAAGAGCCGAAAGAGAAAGAAGACUUGACCAAUGUUGAUAGUCAACCAGUACCAGCCACAGAGAAAGUCACGCCUGUGGUUACUCCACCAACAUCAGAGACCCCCAGUAUUCAAUCUACAGACAAAUCAAAUGUUGUGUCAGCUAAACCAACCUUGACUUCAGAUGAGAAAUUGCGACAGAGAGCUGAAAGAUUUGGGAUCACGUCAGAUAAUGACAAAAAAGCAGCAAGGGCUGCCAGGUUUGGUACAGUGACCACAAACUUGAGUAACAAACCUUCAGCAAAAAUUGUGUCAACUCCAGUUACGGCUGAAGACAUUGAUCGGCUAAAAAAACGCGCACAAAGAUUUGGAACAGUUGUGUCAAGCACACUCUCAAAGUUGGAAGAUGAAGACAAACUUCGUAAAAGGAAACAAAGAUUUGGCCAAAUCACUGGCCCCACUUCAAAUCCCACCAGCACAACAACUACAACUACAACUACAACCACAACUGCUAACAAAAGCAUAGAGGAAAUCGAGGAAAAGAAGAGAAAACGAGCGGAAAGAUUCGGACUGUCCUGA